AUGGCGUCUGCUUCCCCAGUCCUUCCAAAGAUUCCAAAGAGAAAGCGAUUGGCCAAUGACCACAUCGGCCAGCUUCAAGAUAGGAUUGCCGCUGACCCUAAGGAUUUCGACGCUUGGAAGUCGUUGAUCGAGGAGCAAGAGGAGAAAGAGAAGUUUGAUGAUGCGAGGGAAACAUAUGAACGCUUUUUGAAACUAUAUCCGUUGGCUGGACCCAUGUGGAUCUCAUACCUGAAAAUGGAGCUGGCCCAGGACGACCAUGUCCGAGCCCAGACUAUCUUCACUAAGUGUUUGCGCUCAGUCCUCGAUCUCGAUCUUUGGCGUUUCUAUCUCGACUACAUUCGACGUGUCAAUAAUGUUUUGACGGGUGGUGCACAAGCACGUAUGAUUAUUUCCCAGGCUUAUGAGUUUGUGUUGUCGAAUAUCGGGAUGGAUUAUGAGAGCGGACCUAUUUGGAAGGACUACCUGGACUUCAUUAAGUCAGGCGAGGCAACGACUAGCUGGGAAGAAUCCCAGAAAAUGGACCACACCCGCAAAACCUACCAGAGAGCGAUCUGUAUCCCCCUCAGCAACAUCGAGCAGCUUUGGCGUGAGUACGACCAGUUUGAGAAUGGCAUCAACCGCACCACUGCUCGCAAGUUCUUGGCUGAGCGGUCGCCUUCUUACAUGACGGCCCGUUCAUCGCUCAAGGAACUUCGCUCCAUCAUCGACAGCCUCGAUCGCAAAGGUCUCCCGAAGACACCAACCUUCACUAAGCAGGACCGCGAGAAGGUCGAGGCAUGGAAGAAAUGGAUCGCGUGGGAGCGUUCGGAUCCAUUGGUCUUGGAGGAUGCGGAGGCAUUGAAGUCAAGAGUCAUGUAUGCGUGCCAGAGAGCGAUGAUGAGCAUGUACUUCCACCCCGAAAUUUGGUUCAGCGUGGUGGAGUACGCCAUGACGGUGGAUGAUCAGAUGGCAUUGGAGUUCUUGAAGACUGGAAUGGCUGCGAAUCCGUCGAGUUUGUUGCUGCAUUUCCAGUUUGCAGAGAUUGAGGAGUCGAGGGGAAGGCCGGAAAAUGUGAAGCAGACUCUCCAGUCACUCGUUGAUUCGUUGCAGGGGGAGAUGGAGCGUGUUCAGAGGGAGUGGAACGAGGCGAAGGCGGAUGCUGGCGAUUCUAAAGUUGAGGAAGAAUACACGAUUGAAGACGAGGAUGAAAACGAAGGGGCAAAGGUUGCGAAGCCAAACAAGCGUCUCGAGGCAAUCAACACCAAGUACAAGGCGCAGAUCGACACCCUCGCCCGUGAGAGCUCGAUUGUGUGGGUCAUGUUCCUCCGCACGACCCGCAGAAUAGAAGGUCUCAAGCCAGCUCGCCAAGUCUUCACCCGUGCACGCAAAGCACCCAACCAGACCUACGAAGUCUUCGUCGCGUCCGCCCUGAUGGAAUACCACUGGAACAAAGAACCCGGCGUCGCAGUCAAAAUCUUCGAGCUCGGCAUGAAAGCCUACAGCGAGAACGCACACUUCGUCCUCCAGUAUUUGAAGUUCCUCAGGAAUAUCAAUGAUGAGACUAAUGCGCGGGCAUUGUUUGAGAGGACAAUCACGAAGUUAAGCCCGGAGGCUGCGUUGCCGCUUUAUGAACACUUCUACAAUUAUGAGAGUAAUUAUGGGGAUUUGAGUGCGGCGUUGAAGUUGGAUGCGAGAAUGGCGGAGUUGUAUCCUCAGAGGACGUCGUUAGAGAGGUUUAGGACAAGGUAUAGUUACCUUGACUUUGAUGCUAUUGCGGAGCAUGAUUUGGGAGGUAACGUGGAGAGUAAAAAGCCUGCUCAACCUGCAAAGGAGGUGGACAGCGAUGCGGAGGAGUCGGCUGUUGAAUCCGAUGACGACCGCUACCGUUCAGCACCAACCAAAUCAGCCGUAUCCCGUCUCCGCGAAGAAGAAGGUGCCUCUCCCCGCAAGAAGGACCGCAAGAAGGACAACAAACGUGACCGGGACGGCGAGAAGGCCUCUUCGGGUGGUACCAAGCGGAAGGAGGCACCUCCGUUGCCCGACCCACUCAUGUACCUCCUCAGCGUUCUCCCACCUGCGGAUAUGUACCAGGGAGCCUUGUUCAAGGUGGAUGAAUUGAUUAGGUUAUUGCAGGAAGCGAACUUACCUCCCCCGCCUAUUAGCUAUGAUGAUGGCGAAGCGGCAAAAAGACAGCGGAUGGAUGAUGAUUUCAGAGGGACGCCGCCGCCGAGGAGGAGGGGUUGA